AUGACACUGGGCAUUCAGUUUGUGCGCAACACCUUUGGCGAGUGUGCCGAGCCGAAGCUCUCAUGGCAGGUAGAUCCAUUUGGCGCCUCGAGAGAGGUGGCCAACCUGUACGCACUGAUGGGCUUUGACGGUCACAUUGUUAAUCGAGGUCACAAUCUUCACGGAGAGUUCCUCUGGAACACCAGUGACUACAACUCCAUCCUCACUAGUGUUCUCCACAAUCACUACUCGGCUCCGAAUGGAUUCGACUUUGAAGAUGGUAACGAUAUCACCGAUCAAAACAAGGCUCAAAAGGCAAAAGAACUUGCCGAGCUAGGCAAAAAGUGGAACGUUGACUACGGAAAGAAGGGACACGUUUUAAUUACCUUUGGUGACGAUUUUAAGUACCAGCAUGCGGAGCACUACUACAGCAAUCUGGACAAGAUAAUCGAAGAGGUGAACAAAAAUCAUCCAGACGUAAAUCUUUUCUACUCUUCGCCACAGUGUUACAUCAAGGCGAUCAAGGACCUGAAGCCUAAACUGGAAGUGCACUCUCAUGACUACUUUCCACUGUGGACCGGACACUACUCGAGUCGGCCACAGGUGAAGUAUCUCGAUCGAUAUGCAAACAAUCUACUUCAGGCUGCCAAACAACUCGAAGUGACUGCAGAGUUGAGCCACACGCAGAGUUUAAUUUUUGAGAGCAGCAACGAACUGGGUGUCCUUCAGCACCAUGAUGCAAUCACCGGAACAUCGAGAGAGUUUGUUACUGUAGACUACAAAGAACGCCUCAGUAGCGCCAUUCUCGCCGCGUCAACUGUCAUCAGUCAUGCUCUGGGCAAACUGAUCAACAAGGGAGCACAUGUCAGCAACGGGCUGCCAAUCAUUUACCACACAGUGAACAUCAGCGAGGUAGAUCUGACUUUUGAGGGUGGCUUAGCCAGCAUCGUCUACAAUCCACUGGUACACAAGCAGACCACCUGGGUGCGAAUUCCCGUCAGUGAGAGCACCAACUACAAGGUUUAUGACUUUGAGGGCAAAGAGGUACCCAAGGUGAGUCAUGUGCCCAUCAACAGCAAGGUCAAGUCGAUGGUCGGCCACCACCGCAGCAUCAGCUACGAGUUGGUCUUCAGUGCCAAGCUGCCCGCACUUGGUUACACCACCUUCUUUGUGGUCAAGAGCGGCAGUGGACUGUCUCAGAACAAGAGACCCAUUGCGGUGAACGCAGAACAGGAGCUGGUGAUGAAGGGCAAAAACGUGGAGUUGGUACUAGACGGAAAGACGGGCAAAGUGAAACACCUGGUGAAGGGAGGAAAGGUGCACCGACUGGGCCAGUCCUUCCACUACUACCCCUCAAAGGGCACCUCGUCCUCUUACGAGUUCUGUCCCAGUGGCGGCAGCGUCGAUCUGUCUGACUACAGCAGCUCGGUCGUGUCGGCAGUUCAGUACGAUGGCUUUGCCGAGGUGACCCAACAGGUCAACGGCUGGAUCUGGCAAACAGUACGCCUCUACGAGGACAAGGAGUACGCAGAGUUCGACUGGAUCAUCGGACCGGUGGCCGAACAGCCAGACAUUGGCAAAGACGUCAUUACCCGAUUUGAGACUGACCUAGACACAAGGAAAACAUUUUGGACGGACGCAAACGGUCGUCAGGACAUUGAACGGAUACGCGAUGAAGAGCCGAGAGAGUGUCACGGCACGCACAACGCCAUCUCCUACAACUACUACCCAAUCACCUCAAGAGCCCUUCUGAAGGAUGCUCAGUCGGGCCUGGAGCUAGCGCUGCUCACCGACCGCUCAGUGGGCGCCUCCAGUCUGGAGGAUGGACAGCUGGAGUUGAUGCUCCACCGACGACUGCUUGAUCGCAAAACAACCGACAUUCCCGUGGACGACCGAGAUGCCGACGGAAAGGGAGUGAUCGCCCGAGGAAAGGUCAUUAUGUUUUUCAGCGAGAAGAACACCGCCGCAGACAACUACCGACCGAUGAACCAGAUUCUCUCUAUGCAGCCAGUCAUUGGCUUUGUCCCCACUAGCAAUUUCACGCAGUUCAGGAACGACCAUCAGGUGCAAUACAGCGCCCUGAAGGCACCACUGCCGGAGAAUGUGCACCUGCUGACGCUGCAAAACUGGGGAGGUGUGGGCAACAAUGAGGUGCUCCUGCGACUGGAGAACUUUUACCAGCCGCAUGACGCCUCCAAGCUCGCUGUGACUUCCACGUCCAUCAGUGUGGCCGACGUCUUUGCCAACCCCAAGUUGGACAUACACAGCCUGGCACAGACCAACCUGGUGGUGGGCUCUAAGCACAAUGCCACUGCUGCUCAGUCGGGCAUCAGUCCGUCGCAGAUUGCCUCCUACUUGGCGAAGGUGAACCGAAACGUGAGCACCAGUUGCGGUCUGAAGUGGGAGAAGCGACUGAGCGGUGGCAAGCUGCCCCCGAACGCCAUCAAAGCCGGACACGAAUCCGAUGGCCGUCCCAUGUACAUUUGCCGCCACGCUGACGGUGACUUGAUUCCAGGAAAAUACAGCGAAACUAUUAAGUGUCAUGUUUCACUGGGCGGCGGAGAGCACGCCUUCAACGACGAUGGCGUGGAGAUACUGACUGGCGCUGAAGGGCAGUACCUGUGGGCGCCACGUCACGGCGGCGAUAUGAUCGCGCCCACCGUCUUUGUCGCCGGCCACAACUCGCAGGGAGUUCCCAUUUACUCGGGUCGAUGCGUCAAACAGGAGCGCGGACAGGUGCUGGGCAAGAUUGAUCCCAGCGGCGGUGCCGGCUACUUUUACUAUCCCUUUGGCGGCUCAGAGCACAGCGACUGCAGCAAUCACGAAAUCUUGGUUUGCUGA